CUGCUGCAGAGCUGUGCUCACCAAGAAAGAGGCCAAGAGCCACCUAUAUUCCUGACCACAAACUGCUUUCACAAAGCUGGGUCUGGACAGAUUCUUCAGCCACUAGGCCACCAGGCAGGGCUCCUAGGGCUGGAAGUUCUGGCUGCCUGCUCUCUCCUCCUUGCUUUGAAGCAUGGGUGAUGCAUUCACAUUGGGCGACCAUCACAAUGUUGAUCCCUGAACCUACCUAGAGUGUCUUAAUUCACAAGUCCUAUGGAAGCAUGGAAGUGCUGUGCGCAGUCAUAUCUACAAAGAGAUAUUAGCUUUUUUUUUUUUUUAUUCUGUAAGGUUUGACUGCUUCACAAAUACUUACUUGAGAACCUCCCUGCUCUGUAGCCUAUGUCUGUGACUCUUCUUUCUUCCCAAAUAUAGUAGGAUAAGCAGGAUGCUAACUGCUGGGACUGGUUUAAACAGCACACUUUGAAUAGAUCGGGCGACAUCCUGGGCACUCUAGUCUCAAGUGAGAGAAAAGGAUGUCUUAGGGAAAUGCCUGUGCAGAUGCUUUGCUUUUUGUUCUCCUGUUUUUGGAGAGCUCUCUCCAAAACCAGGAGUUUCCUGCUGGGUGUAGUGGUGCCCACUGGAUACAUGAGGCUCCCAUGUGCAGCCUCCUCUGCCCUUGCCUCGUGUUGGCACCUUGCUGGUGCCUCCCCGACUGGGCCUAGAGCAUGUGUAAGGAUGGCAGUUGUUUUCACGUAGGACUGCAGGAUUCUUCCUCCAGCCUUCUCUUCCUGCAGCCUCACUGCACUGCCCCAUCCUCCCCCAGCAGAACUGGAAAGAGUGGUUUCUGGUGACCACCUAGCCAUGCGGCCACGACUGAGGUCACAUUUUAGGGAAAUGUGAGAGGCCUGUUCCUCUGUUUAGAUGCAGUAUUUCUGCUCUUUGUAACUUACCCUUGGAAUUGCCAGUGAGUCACAGCCUGGGAAGUCCUUGUGAUUUAGAGUCCUGCACUUCCAGGAAGAGCUUUCGCUUGACAUCUUCUUUGACCCUUAGUCCCCGAUGAAGUUUACAUGGCGUGAAAGACCAGUCAGAAUUUGGGGAGAUAACCCAAAAGAACACAAAAAUAUGGUUUCUAAGGUAUAAGUGUCAUAUCGCUCUGAGUGAGUCACAUGAUAAUGUAGGCCAAAGACAAUAAGAAAUGUAGAGAUAUGUUUGUAAACUGGUGUUGAUUUGGUAUCUCUUUUGGCCUCCUUCCCAACUUAGUAUUGGGCAUUUGAUUUUAAUUUAGGUCAGUAAUAAUGCUCAUUACUGCUUGAGAACUCUAUGUGCAUCAGGCAAUAUGUUAAUUUGCUUCACGUGGUUCUCUUUAUAUCUUAAUAGCAAUUCUGUGAAUUUGAUGAUGUUAUUCUCAUCUUAAGAAGUGCAAAAUUGAUUGCUCAGGGGUGUUAAAUAACUUGCACAUCUACAUAACCAGAAAGUGGCAUAAAGAGACUGUGAACCAGGCCUUGGAGAGUUUGUCUAUCUUCCACUUUUUUUUGCCAGGUGCCUGGUACAUUCAAGGCAGAGUGUUAUUGUUACAGAGUAUAAAAAUAAAAUCAAGAAGCUUACCAUAUAGAGAGAGUAAGACAGAUAAACAACCAAAGAUAAUAUAAGGACAGCUGUGAUAGAUACCAAAAGUGUUACCAAGAAAGGUCAACCAAGGUGCAGUAGGGGCUAAAGGAAGAGGUUGAGAUCAUACAUACCUAAUUGGGGUCACCCAGGAAAAGCCUUCUUAGAAGUGGUGCACUUGAGGUGGAUCUCAUAGAACUGGCAGAAUCUUACUUGGGGGAGUGGAUAAGGAAAGAUUUGUGGGUGGCAGUGACUGCUAAAUGCCCAGGUAAAUAAACAGGCUCCUAAAGAAACUAUUAGAUUGUGUAUAUGCAUGUAUGUGUGUGUGUAUGUGUAUGUGUAUGUGUACGUGUGUAUUGUGUAUGCCUGGAUACACUCAUGCUUACAUUCAUUAUGAAAACCUUAUAUACUCUUCCAAAGCAAAAGACUAAUGAUUUCAAGUAGCAGCGUUGUCCAAACUGUGUUCUCUAGUUCUCCUGAGAAUGGAAACACCUCUGAGCAAUACGUAUUAUUAAUAGAUGUUCAUGUUUAUACAGGUAGGAAUGAGGUGUUUUUUUAAUUUUCUUUUUUUCAGGCAUCUGCGAAUGGGGCCUCUCCCUGUUUUUUUUAGUUUUUUUUUUUUUUUUCAAAGUAUCUGUUUCUUUUUUCUAGCAUGUUGAAACAUUAGACUUCCUGUUUCUGCUUGAUUUUGAAUAUACUCCUGUUUGCUUGUCACAGGUAAUCUUGCAUUUCUAGGUAGUUGUAGUUUACAGGGAGCAAGUGCAGGCAGCAACCAGUCCAUCCCUGUUGUGAAUGUGGAGAUCUCUCUGGACUCACAAUUAAAGGCUACAUAGUGCAUUCCACUACAAGUGACGAAACCUGGCUCCCAGAAUAACAAGCAAGACAACUUACAAAGUGACUGUUGACUAGCGCCUUCUGUGCGUUUAUGUAGUAAACUUAUGGUACAUUUUUCAAAAGGAUAGUAUAUCCUUUUCUUGAGAAGGACUGAGUCUCCCCGAAGGUGAUGCAGGUGCCGUAGUGUACACGUCAACAGGGUGGUUGCGUGCAUUCCUCAAGUCUGUAUGACUACCAAGAUACUGUGAAGUUGUCCUUCUGAUUGUAUACGGGCAGAAAAUGCUGAAACUAGAUUCACCUGAGAAGUGUGAGGAAGCCAGAUGUGAAUAUCCUGGGGGAAGAACUUUCCAGACAGAGGACAAGCGACCGCAAAGGCCCUAAGAUCUUAUGACCACUGUCCUCUGGACACAGGCCAAAUCCUCUAAUAUCACUUUAUGAUGAAGUGGCCACAGAUGUCUUUAAUUCCAAAAACCUGGCCGUUCAGGCACAAAAGAAGAUCUUGGGUAAAAUGGUGUCCAAAUCCAUCGCCACCACCUUAAUAGAUGACACGAGUAGUGAGGUGCUGGAUGAGCUCUACAGAGUGACCAGGGAGUACACCCAAAACAAGAAGGAGGCAGAGAAGAUCAUCAAGAACCUUAUCAAGACGGUCAUCAAGCUGGCCAUUCUUUACAGGAAUAAUCAGUUUAAUCAAGAUGAGCUAGCACUGAUGGAGAAAUUUAAGAAGAAAGUUCAUCAACUUGCUAUGACCGUGGUCAGUUUCCACCAGGUGGAUUAUACCUUUGACCGGAAUGUGUUAUCCAGGCUGUUAAAUGAAUGCAGAGAGAUGCUGCACCAAAUCAUUCAGCGUCACCUCACUGCCAAGUCACAUGGACGGGUUAAUAAUGUCUUUGAUCAUUUUUCAGAUUGUGACUUUUUGGCUGCCUUGUAUAAUCCUUUUGGGAAUUUUAAACCCCACUUACAAAAACUGUGUGAUGGUAUCAACAAAAUGUUGGAUGAAGAGAACAUAUGAGCUCAUGAGUUAAGAUUAUGACUGAUCGUGAUUGAUUUGAAGAUGGAGCACUGCUGAUUUAUGAAGGAAAAAAGAAGAAUUUUCUAAAGAUUACACAUAUUUCGGAAAGACUUUGCCCAAUUCAGUUGUCAGACAUAAUGAUUUAUUUGAAGGCUUGUUUUAUUUGAAGAAAAGCAUAUUGCCAAAAAUUCUGGUUAAAAGCUUCCAAACGGGUAACAGACCAUGGGAGAGAUAUGUGGUUGGGUAAUGCAAAUGUAGUUACACAAAGAAAAAUACAGAUAGCUCCAGACCUGAGGACUUUUUUAUAGGGCAAUUGUUGUGUUGGUGGCACAUUGGAUAUUUCUAACAUGUACAAAGCUAUGUAUUUUGAUUUACUUUCAUUCUUGCUAUGUAUACGUACUUUUCUUAAAAUGCCAAGAACUUUCUCUUGCUAUCAUUGCUCCUUUUGAAACAAUUCAAUUUUCAUGUCUACAGCUUACAGCUGACUGUUUUGUUAAAGAUUGAGUCAUUGACAUUCAAGAUUUAAGUCUGAGGUAGUCAAUCCUCAACAAAAAACAAACAAACAAAAAAAUGGCUUAUCUGAAAUCAGUACUGUGGAAAUGAAGUAUAUGAUCUAUUAUGAAUAAUGUCCAAUAUAAGAAUAUGCUUCUGGAAUUGAGUUCUACUUUUAAGUACCAGUGGUAUUUAAAUUUUUCAGAAAUGUAAUGGUGUGUCAUUGCCUUGAAGUGCUUGCUUAGGGCUUCUUUUAUGUUAUCUUAAAAUGUGCUGGUGAAUUUUUCAUUUUUUACAUCCAUUUCAUAUGUAAGAGACAGAAAAAUCUAGAUUGGUCUUGAUACUGAGAUAAUAAAAAAGUAGCAUUAAGAAAGAUGACAAUCUUCAUUUUACAGAUGAACUCAUUGAAACAAUUUAGGGGAAUGAGGGGCAAAAGGGGAGAAAUGAUGUUGCUAAAGAACAUGAGCACAAAAAGGAAUGCAUUUCAGUGUUUAAGAAGGUUUGAUAAAGAAUGUCACUUUUUUAUUUAACUGAUAAGGUUUUUGUUAUUUUUUACUUUGAUGAGUAAACCAAAAAAUAUUUGCAUUUCAAGCAGUUUGUGUGGUGUUUCUAUAUAAUUUUCUGUGUGUAAAUAAUAAAGUAGGCAUUUGCUUAUUUUGUAAAAAAGAAAUGAAAAUCUGCUGGCCAGCUGUGUCCUCUAGGAAAUGACAGACCCAACCAGCAGCAAUAAAUAUUUCCAUUGUCA